UGAGUGCUAGAAAGUGUGGCCAUUAAUGACAUCAAGAACAAUAAUCACAGAAUGCGUACCCAAUUUCUGAUCUUCUUCUUCUUCUUCCACAGUUUCAUCUUCCUGUCUCAUGUUCUUGCUGAUGAAGUAGAACUGUACUCUUUGUUAUCACUAAAAUCGGCUCUGGUUGAUCCCCUGAAUUAUCUUAAUGACUGGAGAUUAGCUGAAAAUGGAUUCAACGGCUCAGAUAACUGCAAAUGGACCGGUGUUGGAUGCAACAUGAAAGGCCAGGUGGAGAGGCUUGAUAUAUCGAACAUGAAUCUCACCGGCGAUGUCUCCGACCGAAUUGACGGAUUAAAAGGGCUGAUAUAUCUAAACAUUUCCUGCAAUGGGUUUUCUUCAUCUCUGCCAAAAUCACUCUCUAAUAUCAUUUCAUUACAAACUAUUGACGUCAGCCAGAACAACUUCGUGGGUGGUUUUCCGGCGGGUUUGGGUCGCGCCCCUGACCUCACUUCCGUCAAUGGCUCGAGCAAUAACUUCUCCGGCCAACUCCCGGAGGAUCUCGGCAAUGCGACAAACCUCAGAAGUCUUGAUUUUCGGGGGAGUUUCUUUGAAGGGUCGAUUCCGGGUUCUUACAAGAAUCUUCAGAAGCUGAUUUUUCUUGGUCUUUCUGGAAAUAAUCUCACCGGAGAAAUCCCACGAGAGGUAGGACAGCUUUCGUCUCUAGAGACUUUAAUUAUCGGUUACAACGAGUUUGAAGGUCCGAUUCCGGCGGAUUUUGGUAACUUGACGAAUCUCAGGUAUCUCGAUUUAGCAGUGGGGAGUCUCAACGGUCAGAUUCCGGUGGAAUUAGGCCGGCUGAAGAAACUAACCACCGUGUAUUUAUACCAGAACAAUUUUGUAGGAAGAAUCCCGCCGGAGAUUGGUAACAUUUCUUCGCUCGUCUACUUAGAUCUCUCCGAUAAUCAGAUAUCCGGCGAGAUCCCUUACGAGAUUACUUACUUAAAGGAUUUACAGCUGUUGAAUUUGAUGUGCAAUAAUCUAACUGGCCAUAUCCCAAUUGCCAUUGGCGAUUUGAUAAAGCUUGAAGUUCUUAAUCUAUGGCAAAACACCUUAACCGGUCCUUUGCCAACAAACCUUGGCCGGAACUCCCCUUUACAAUGGGUAGACGUGUCAUCCAAUUCACUUUCCGGCGACAUUCCGACAGGCCUAUGUGAUUCGGGUAACCUCACCAAACUCAUUCUCUUCAAUAAUUCAUUUUCCGGUCCUAUCCCAAUUGGCCUCUCGAAAUGCUCGACUUUGAUUCGAGUGCGAGCUCAAAAUAACUGUAUUUCGGGUCCCAUACCUCUUGGGUUUGGGAACCUUCCGAAGCUGCAAAGACUUGAGCUUGCUAAGAACAAUCUCACUGGAAGAAUCCCAGAUGAUCUUUCUCUUUCUCGAUCACUUUCCUUUCUCGAUGUUUCGUUCAACCGACUCCAAUCCUUAUUGCCUUUUGGGAUUUUCUCGGUUCAUACUCUUCAAACGUUCAUAGCUUCAAAUAACAUCUUAGAAGGGAAGUUGGUGGACCAAUUCUCGGAUUGUCAAUCGCUCUCGAUGCUCGACUUGUCGAACAACCGUUUCGAUGGAAUAAUCCCACCGAGCAUAGCUUCAUGCGCGAAGUUGGUGACAUUAAACCUAAAAAACAACCUCAUCUAUGGUGAAAUUCCUAAGCCCAUUGCCACCAUGUCCAUGCUAUCGGUUCUUGAUCUUUCGAACAAUUCUUUAAGUGGGAGGAUCCCCGCGAAUCUUGGAAGUUCUCCGGCCUUAGAAACAAUGAAUUUGUCGUAUAACAACCUUGAUGGUCCGGUUCCUAACAAUGGAAUGUUGAUGGCUAUAAACCCAAAUGAGCUUAUAGGAAACCCCAAGCUUUGUGGAGGAACACUUCCACCUUGUCCUUAUUCCAAAACCCAAACUUCCAAAUCCCAUUUAAGAAUGUCUCACAUUAAACACAUAGUUAUCGGAUUUUCCAUAGGUAUAGGAGUACUUUUAUCUCUUUUGGCAACCGCGUUUUCCAUAAGAUGGUUGUAUCGGAGAUGGUAUGUCUAUAGCUCUUUCUUCAACGACUGUUUCAGAACAAGCUCCUCAGAAUGGCCAUGGAGGCUCGUCGCGUUUCAAAGGUUGAGUUUCACUAGUUCCGAUAUCCUUGCAUGCGUGAAGGAAUCCAACGCUAUUGGAAUGGGUGCGAGUGGAAUUGUUUAUAAGGCCGAUGUCCAACGAACUCGGGAGGCUGUGGCAGUUAAGAAGCUUUGGAGAUCCUCGUCCGAAAAUAUAGAUAUUGAAUCCGGUGACGAUUUGUUUAGAGAGGUUAACCUACUAGGGAGGUUACGACAUCGAAACAUAGUGAGACUCUUAGGUUAUCUUCACAAUGAGGCCGAUGUCAUGAUGUUGUACGAGUACAUUCCGAAUGGAAACCUAGGAGAUGCCUUACACGGAGAACUCCCUCGAAGGAUGUUGGUCGAUUGGGUGUCGAGAUACAAUAUCGCGGUUGGGGUGGCCCAUGGGCUAUCGUAUCUCCACCAUGACUGUCACCCGCCAGUUAUCCAUCGCGAUGUGAAAUCCAACAACAUCUUAAUCGACGCAAAUUUUGAUGCGAGGAUCGCCGAUUUCGGUCUCGCGAGAACAAUGUUGCGCAAGAAUGAGACCGUAUCCAUGGUUGCCGGAUCCUAUGGAUACAUUGCACCCGAAUACGGAUAUACAUUGAAAGUUGACGAGAAGAGCGAUAUAUAUAGUUUCGGGGUGGUCCUUCUCGAGCUUUUGACGGGAAAGAGGCCAUUGGAUCCAGCUUUCGGGGAAUGUGUUGAUAUAGUUGAGUGGGUAAGGAGUAAGAUCAAGAAGAAGAGGUCAAUGGGAGAAGCACUUGACUCAUCAAUAGUGGGAUCAAGUGAGCAUGUUGAAGAAGAGAUGCUUCUAGUUCUAAGAAUUGCACUUCUUUGCACAGCCAAAAGCCCUAAAGAUAGACCAUCAAUGAGGGACACAAUAACAAUGCUUGGGGAGGCAAAGCCAAGAAGGAAAAGUGUUUGUUCUCUCAACAAAUUAGACAAGCCAAUCUUGACCAAUUCCCCUGUUUUGGGCCUUCUCCAGAAACAAAUCAUUAACUCUUGAAAAUUUCAAGAUUAUUCAAUGUUUUAGGAGGAAAUAAUCUGUGCAAAUUGUAAAUCUCCAAAUUAUUCAAAUCAUUAGUCUGAAAAAACUCCUUGUAUCUACUUAUUUUACUUAACAAUGUUAAAAUUACUUGUCCAUGAAUUUAUGCCAUUUAUCGUGAUUCAA